GGCCGGGCCGAGGGCGGGGCGGGCGCCCGGCGCAGGAAGGACCGUUAGGCGCCAGAUGUUUGGCAGCCGAGCGCAGAGGAAGUGGCUGCCGGGACGCAGGGCCGGGGAGCGGCCCGAGGCCCCAGCGCUGCCGCCAUGCCCCCGCCCGCGCCCCCCGCCGCGCCGCCGCCCGGCCCGCUGAGCCUGCACCGGCCCUUCCUGCGCAGCCCGCUGGCCCCGCUGCGCCUGGGGCAGCUGCUCCUGGGCGCCGCCUGCUGGGGGACGGUGGCGGCCCACAAGUACGAGGGGGCGGCGCACUUCGCGCUCUUCGCCGCCGUGCUGGCCUGGCUGCUGGCGCUGGCGGUCACCGGGCUCAGCCUGCUGGGGCGCUGGGCGCUGGUGCCGCUGCUGGGCGCCCGCUGGCUGCUGGCCAACGCGGCGCAGGACCUGCUGCUGGGCGCCGGGCUGUACGCGGCGGCCGCGGGCGUCAUGGGCCACAAGGCGGAGCGCCACAGCUACUGCAACCUGCCCGGCUACAGCCAGCCCUGCCUGUACCGCGCCUACCUGGCCGCCGCCGCCUGCGCCGCCCUGGCCGCCGCCCUGCACCUGCUCUCGGGCCUCUACUGCCUGGCGCGCCGCUGCCGGGGCCACCGCGACAUCGUCUGAGCGCCGCCCGGGGCCCGGCGGGGACGGAGCCCCCCACGCAGACGGACGGAUCCUCUCUGCCCCUGCUGGAGACUGAGCGCCCUGCCCCGCGCCUGGGACUGAGCGCCCCGGACAGACGGACG